UGGAAUUCUCCCAAAUUGCAGUUCCAUAUAAAACAGCCACUGACGGGCGGGGAAGCCAAAACCAAAACUAGUUCCAAUGGCGCUUCUUCUUCCCGGCGGGUGCUUACGAGCAAGGCCACCACUCAGCUUAUCCCAGCCACCUCACGUUAGACGAAAGCUCAUCACUACUUUCGCCACUCUAUCCCCAAAUCGAGGAGAUUCUGUGGACUGGGUUGAAGCAACUUCAACCUUCUUUGAACACGACACAAGACCCAUCAUGUUAUUUGACGGUGUUUGCAACUUGUGUAAUGGAGGUGUCAAGUUCGUGCGUGAUAAUGAUCGCAAUAGGAGAAUGAGGUUUGAAGCUCUCCAGAGUGAAGCGGGGAGGAAACUGCUACAAAGAUCGGGGAGAGCUCCUGAUGAUAUAUCUAGUGUUGUGCUGGUUGAAAAGGAUAGAUCAUUCAUCAAGUCGGAAGCAGUUGUGAAGAUAAUGGAACAUAUAGACUUACCCUUCCCCCAGCUCGCAUUCUUCGUACAGUUUGUACCUCUCUUCAUACGGGAUUUUGUAUAUGACAAUGUUGCAAACAAUCGAUACACAAUAUUUGGUCGCUCAGAGUCGUGUGAGAUAUAGAAAUUAUUACUAGAUCCUCCGAUCUGUGCUAAAGAAAUACAAAACUCGUCUACAUUGCUAUCUUCUCUUAGAAAAUAGCAAUUGCCUUCAUCUACGCCUUAUCCUAGAAGACUCCUGCUGGUCUUUGCUAAGUCUUUCCUUCCAUGUUAAAAUCACAUUGUUGACCCUGAUUUUCCAUGCGCAACCGCAAGUAUGUUUCAAAUAUUUAAUGUCUAUUGGGCU